AUGGAUACAUCAGGCAAUGAGGAGAUGAAAUCAAAUUUCUUUGGUGUUGAUCCUAAUCAACAUACCGAUAGAGGCCGUAAGGUAUCAACUCCCAGCAUUGAUGAUGGUGGUGGUGUGCACCCGACAACUAACGGUUUCGGUAGUGGUAGACGUAGACAACAACAACAACAACAACAACAACAACAACAACAACAACAACGACAACAAGAACCAGUAGAUGCAAAUAGUCGUUCACUCGAAGGACUGUCGAGAGAUUUUGGUUUUUUGUUAAAUAAUCCAAGUACCAGUGACUGUUAUUUAGAUGUACGAGCUGCUAUUGAUCAAGAAUAUAACACACGUGAUGAUAGAACAAAAGCUCAGUUAGAAACAGAGGAGUACGGUGGAAAAAUUAAAAUUUUUAUUAGACAUACGGAUCCACAAAUAAUGAAAGAAGUUGUCAUAUUUCUGUAUACGGCGAAAUGUGAUUUAGAACGUGGAACAAUAGAUCAUGCAAUGCUCUUGUUGGAUGCUGCUGGACGGUAUGAUAUUAAAGAUUUAAAAGUUCAUACUGGCAAAUACUUAUCAAAACGAAUUCAUUCAAAUAAUGUAUUGCAGUUAUUGAAAGCUGCCCAUAAAUAUAAAAAUAAAUUAGUUAGACAGAAUUGCAUUCAGUUUUUUAUUCAAAAUGCUAAAGAUAUAAUGGACAUGCAAGAAUCAUGGAAAAAAUUUGCUGAAGAAGAGAAAGAACUCGUCUCUGAAUUACUUUAUUGGACGGUGAAUAAAGAUUUAUUUUAUGAAGGUCAACCAAAAUGGGAGCUGCAAUCAAAUUGGUGA